GGGGCCGUCCCCCUCACUCCCCGCAGUGCAUUUGCCGCGGGGGCCCCCUCGCCGGUGACGUCACUGCUGCCUAAAAAAGCGCCCCGGCAGGCAGGCCGGCCGGUAGGGCAGCGGCACGGCGGCACGGCUCAGCAGCAGCCGCCAACAACAACAACAACAACAACAACAACAACAGCAGCUGCCGCCGCCGCCAACAACAGCCGCCGCCGUCAUGGUGUCCCCUGUCACCGUGGUGAAGAGUGAAGGCCCCAAACUGGUGCCCUUCUUUAAAGCCACUUGUGUCUAUUUUGUUCUCUGGCUGCCAACUUCCAGCCCCUCCUGGUUCAGUGCCCUCAUCAAAUGUCUGCCCAUCUUCUGCCUGUGGGUUUUCCUUCUCGCUCAUGGAAUUAACUUCUUAGUGUCACACCGGAGUGCCAGUCGCAUCCUAGCAGGACUCAUAUUCUCAGCAGUGGGAGACGCCUUUCUCAUCUGGCAGGAGCAGGGCUACUUCAUUCAUGGUCUGCUGAUGUUUGCCAUCACACACAUCCUGUACUCUUCAGCCUUCGGCAUGAAGCCUUUGGACCUCAAAGCUGGCUUGUUGAUGGGCCUUGUCUCCAGCUCCUGUUAUGCCUUCCUGUACUCCUACCUCUCGGGCCCAUUCACAUACCUGGUAGCUGUCUACAUCGCCUUGAUCGGCUUCAUGGGCUGGCGAGCAGUUGCCGGCAUGCAGCUGUGCAACGACCUCUGGACAUGGACCAAGCUGUCAGCCUGCAUCGGUGCGAUGCUGUUCAUGGUGUCAGAUCUGACCAUUGCACUUAACAAGUUCUGCUUUCCUGUGCCCUACUCACGCUUCAUCAUCAUGGCUACUUACUAUGCAGCCCAAAUGCUUAUUGCACUGUCAGCUGUAGAGAGCAGAGAUGAAGAGGACUUCAGAAAGAGAAGUUAGAUGGAGUGCCAAUAAUCUGUGAACAACGUGGGUUAUAUCUCAGGUGCUGUAGCUGCAUUCACCCCUGAGAGAGAUCUCCAUUUCUCUGAGCACAUUGGUGAUGUUGGUUUUGCUUCUUUGAAGCAUUACUUUUGGGGAUUUUUUUUUUUCCCCAAUGGCUUUCUCUGAAUACAGCUUACUUCAGUGUGGAGUCCACAUCAGAAAGCUUAGACUGUCCCUGCAGUAGCUACUCAUUCAACUUUUCCUCCUUUGAAGUGCUGUACUACUGCAUUUUAAUUGUUAGUCUUGAAACUGAUGCUGAAUGUCUGAGAAGGGGAGGGCUGAUGGAAAGGAGGUUUGGCCAUGCACUGUGUUAGACUUGCUUUUAAUAGUAUACUGGCAGACAGGCACAGAUCUCUACCAAAGUCAAAGGUAAAAAUGAAUUUAACCGAUGCUUGUCUCUUUUUGUGCAUUACAAACUCCAUAUGCAAACUGAAGGUAUUGCCUCUGCUUAGAGGAAGCCUGGAGGUAGACAAAAAACAGUGUGCCCAGAUGGGGGCUGAGCUUUGGAGUCAACGGCAGCAUGUGGGGCAGCCCCCAGCAGAACCAGAAUGAAAGCAAAACACCAAGCAGAGAGCACAGAGCUAGAAGUAUGCUGACAUGCAGUGCUGUGUGCUUUGAUCAGAGCUGAUCAGUGUUCCAGGGCAGGUCUGUAGGUGCAGGUCAGUGUUGCCAUUGUGGCAGAGCUAGGAGUUUGGUGGGAUUUCAGGGACAUCUGGGAGCCAGGCCAGUGCAUUCCCCUGGCCCUGUGUGAGCAGUUACAUGGUGCCUGCAGCCACCAGUGACAGCUGAGAUGUAGUGGGCAGAUGAGGAACUUUGAUUUUUACAGCAGGACCUUGAACAUGUCUCUUAUUAAUGUACACUCUAAUUGCCCUCAGUAUGGCAGACAGGAAUCUAACCUUUACGCCUUUUUUCCUUAGUAUCCUAAGAAAUAGUAUUCUAUAUACUCAUUAAGCUUUACAGUACUGCUGUUUACAGUCUCUCUCAAAUCUUUGUGAGCAUUUCCUGUGGUCAAGGCCCUGAUUUUGGAUGCAGAUCGCUCUCUUUUGCCAGCUGGUGGUAAACAAGUGUACCGCUUGUUAUUGGAAAGCCCCUUUUCAGCAGAGCUUCCUGAAAUGCACUGUCCUGUGUGCUCAUAGUGCCUGCCAUUUCCUUCUCAAACUCACAUGGAUACUGUGAGAAUGCACCAUCAGGGCUGGGAAAGCCUGCUUCAUUCUGAUCCGUGUUCUUUUGUUGGUUUGUCGGCCCAUCUGCUGAAGCAAGAUUACUUCAGACUCUUAAAAAGAUAUAGGAAGAGGCUGACCUGAUUUGUGAUCAUGUGUGGGUCUUUUUUCUCUUAUUUAGGAUAUUUAACAGCAAGCUCUCUUUCUGUUUGGAACUGUCUUGAGUGUGCAUUUUCCUUCUGUCCAUCCCAGGGCUGCUCCCGUGGGCUGAGAUGCUCCCCUGAUGGCUUGUUUUAGGAUACGAGUGCACCCAGGUGUGCAAGGAAAGCUUGCUGAGGGUUCCUGCACCUCUUCAACUGGGCAGCCAAACAGCCAGCCAGAGCAGACUGCACAAUUCAAAUCCAGACAUGCUCCAACAGCACCUUGCACACGCUCAGGUGGGCAGGGGGAGCAGGAGGGGAAGCCCUCAAGACCAGCCUUACGGGCUGAAAAUCACCGUGGUCUCCAUAUCUAGCAUUCCCAGACCAGUCCAGGCAAAAGCCUGGCACCAAGUGCCUGGCACUGUUGGCACUCUGCAAGGAAUGCAGCAGGGGCAGGGGCAGCUGAGGAAACCCUACCAACCCUGCUAGCCUGUCCCUUGGUGGUGAGGUGCUGAGUGGGUUUCCCACUCCUCCUGGCCUCGAGAGGUGGGACUGGGUGGGGAACAGGCACUGCCUCCCCACUUCCGCAGCAGUGUAAAUGCAGCCAGUAUUACAAAAAUCUAGGUUCACCAUCCUGACCCCCUGGAGUCAUCUGCUGCUUUUCAGUCAAGAGAUCAGAAAGGUCAGCUGCCUUUUUGAGAGGGAAAGCAUUGUAAAUAGCACAGCCCCAUGUAAUCUCUUCCCUUUAAUGCUGUUGUGUAAUAUUGUCAGUAUUCAUUCACUGGCGCGCCGGGGCCUGGCUGGAGUAAACUGCUAAGGGAAUUCAGAGCCCUAUAACAUCUUCACUCAUCAGCGUUGCUUAUCUCCUGGCUGCAGCUUGAGCCCUGCAGUGUAGCUCUCUGCGGAUGUUACCUGCUGUUACUCAGCUUGACUGUUUGCAAAUCUCUUCCUGCAACAGACUGACCCAGCUAUGAGGAAAUCUAAGCAUCUGGGGUGAACCCCACUGUUUUCCCAGCAUGUGAGCCAACAGUGUAUCUCAGUCUGAUGUACAGCUCCCUUUCAUGGGUCAGUCCAACACACUCAGUCCUUAGCUGGCAGUUCUUCAGAGGAGCCCCCUGCACCCUGAGCUUCUGUUUGCUUUGCAGAAAAUGCAUGUGUGAUAGAGUAAGCUUUAUUUAAAAGUUAGAAUUUUGAUUCUCUCUUUCUUCCCCUCUAGAAACGAGUAGUCUUCAGUUUCCUGAAGAUGGCUGAGGUGCUUUUCUGUGUGCUUUUUCAUCUUGGCUUGCUUUGUUAUCCUGCUCCAGUAUCAGCUACUGGAUACUUGCAGAAAAGGAUCUCUGAGGUGUCAUUGGGAGGCCUGCCCUCUGCUCACCACUGGCCAUCGGAGGUGCAGUUUCUGGUGGCAGAGGUCUCUGGGUGGCUGUAGCUGGAACAGCAGAAACAUGUGCUGCCCAAGUGGCCUGUCUCUUGCUGUCCCCUCAACCUGGAGCAGGCUGACUGGGAUGCAUCCUGGCCAGCCACGCUGGCUCCAUCCCAGUGCUGCUUUAGCCUUCCCAGGAAGGUGGGGCAGAGCCCUCGGCACACCAAUUCAGGAAGAUGCCUGGCUGGCUCAGAGAUUUGCCAGUGAAGCCUCUGAGGUCUUCAAAAUCUCUCUCCUGAUCUGCAUUCCUCCUUUUGAUCUGUAUUACUUGAAUGAGGCCAUUUUCCUGGAGACACUUUCCUGCUGGGAAGAGACCAGCUGCUGUGGACACUGAUUUGACACAAUUUUGAGUUUCAUAAACCCUGCAAAACACUAACCAGUUGCUGACAGUCUGUCAAAUACCUUUUCUUGGGAUUAAAACUGUUCCCUCAACCCCAGUGAGGGCAAUUUUCACUUUGAAAAGGGAGCAAACAAGAAAUGGGAAUGACUUGACUGUCUGUGGCACUGCCUGUGUGGACCUUCCUGUUGUCUCUGUGCUGUAAAAGUGUGACAUUUGAUCCAUUCUUCUCCUUUACAGGGGUACAGUUUUUGAGAAGCACCCGGUCCCUGGCCCAGGGACAUCACAGAAGGAAUGAAGUAACCCAGUGGGGUAGUGUGUCUGGCCCCAGCAGUAUCAGCUCAUUUGCUUGCUAAGUAGAGAGAGGGUUGCUUUGCACACUGCUGUAUUCAAACACCUCUCUGCAAUUCCUGUCUGUGGUCACUUCAGGUUACGCACAUGGUCCACUUACUUUUGCUGUCUUUCCUUUCUGUAGUUAUCACCCUCUUGGUGAUCCUUUGGCUCCUUAUAUAGACACCUAGAAGAUGCAGCACAUCUACUUCAGCCUUGUAUCUCUUUCUGUAGAUAGAUCCUCCUCACACAGAACUAACUCCCAAUGAAGUCAAUGAAGCAAUGCUAAUUGCAACUGGUUUUUAAAUGCUAGUAAUGCUUCUGGGCUGUGCCACUUGCACUGAUGUCAGCAGGGUGAAGCUUGGGUAGAAAUCAUGGGUUGAGAAGAACAAAGCCAGAGGAUUUUAACAGCUGUAGUUCUACUACUAAGAAAAUUGUAUUUGUGCUUUAUACCUGGCUUCUUACUCCUCCGUACUGAGGUAACUGUAAGACUGACUGGUUUAAGAAUUGUUCUUAACAUGGCUUUUAAGCAGAUUGCUGACAGUUUCAUGUUGUAAUCAGUGGAGGUAACUGAUAUAUUUUUACACAAGUAUAUAAAAUUCCCAGCACAAACUUUGCUCUUAUUUUGAGUGGCUCUUCAAAGUUUUCUGUUCCCAUAGUUUGACACUUAACACCUGCAUAUUCUCAGCCUGUUAGCAUGGUAAUUUUGGGAGCUGUUCUGGAAUAAGCAGAUCAAAGCAAACAGCAAGUGUAAAGCUCACUGGCAGGUGGCUCUUUCUUUUUCCUUGGUUUCUGGAUACAAAAGGGAGCUCUUUUAAGCAGAGGCAUCGUCAUUGCAUUCUUGGAAGAGGUUGGGAAGCUGCCGACUUCUUGGAACAGAAGUCCUCCUGGGUACUUCUCCUGCCUUUAAUCCAUGCUUGCUCCUUUUGUGGCCUUGGGGGUCAGUCACUUAAAUUUUCUGGGGCCAGGUCCUCAUCUGGUGUAAAAAGGCACAAGUCUAUGAGGGCUAGUGCUGUGCCACCUUACAACAGUGGGGGACCAGCACCCACUCCAUUUCUAAAAUUGGGAUAUUAGCACUUACAUACCUCACAAGGAUGCUGUGAGGAUUAAUGCUCAUAUAGUACUUUGAAGAUGUAAAGUGCUACAAAGUACCAAGUAUUAUCCUACCUUUAGUAUUAAAAAUGCUUUUAGGGAUCUGCAGGACUUCUCUUAAGCAUGGAAUGUGUGACUGCCUUUUCAGUUUGCAUCGGAUGGAAAGCAAAUGCAAAAUAUUUAUUCAUACUGGUUAACAGGAUGGGCUCAGGGCUCAGCUGCGCUUGAACUUUGAGAAGGAUUUAGCUGAACUCUUAAUUUCAGCUCUGUAAAUGGCUUUUAGUUCUUCUAAAAGCCUCAAUCAAACUCCUGGAUGUGAACCUUGCAUCCAGAUUUUGCAGUCUGGCCUUAUCCCUUACUGUUAGCUAGAAUAAAUCUAAUCCAGGCAAAACACAGUGCUCUCACAGUCUGCUAUGGCUGUUGAAAAGACUGGAACAGAAAACUAAAUCAUUCUUUUCUACCUUCAUUCUGCAGAAGGUCAGCUAGGUUUCAUGGGACAGCUUGCAAAGGGAUGUUUAAUUUCUGUGAUUGUUAAGUUUUACUGGCUUUAAAGUCAGCAGAGAGGGAAGACCUCACCUCAAUGGAAUCAAUGGAAGUUGUCAGAUCCUUCUUGAAUUACUUCCUUUUCAUGUGAAUCAAAGAAAUGGCAGGUUCUGUACUGAAGAAAGUGCUUGUACCAGCAGCCCUAGGGCCCAGAACAAAAGCUGAUCUAGAAAUACAGCUUUUAAACAGAAAUAAACCAUCACCAUGUUCUCAACCAGUAUAAAAAUGCCACUAUUCACUGAUCUCAAAUCUGGACCACAGCUACAAACUACUCUGUUCUGGUAGCACUAGCUGCUGUACAAACACAAAUGAAGGUGAGGAAUUAUACACCAAGGAACAUGAAUUGUGUACAUGUGAAAUGGACCAUAAUUUUGAAGCAGCUGCAGUAAAAUCUUAAUACGAACUCAGAAGCAAACACAAUGCAAAUUUUUAUGGUUUCUUUAAAAUGUUUGAUGGUUUUAGUUUUCUUAGUUUGGAGAAAAUUUUCUUAAUGUUAUUUUAUUUUUGCUGUUAUUGUAAAGAAUAAAAAUAUACAACUCUAGAUAGAUUACAAAUGAAAAAAACGGUGGCCAGUUGGCAGAAAUGCCAAAACUUGUGUGGCUUGUAUUGUUUCUGUGGUGAUGCUAUGCUGCUGUAGGAUAAGCUGAUGGAGUGGUGUGAUGGCUCAACAGUGAGGCUGAAGCACAAGACCAGUCUCAUAUAAGAAGGAUGGGUUGAGCCACUGAGACUGCAGUGGGAGCACGACUGGGCCAAUUUGGAUCAGUCAAAAGACAGAAAGCGCAUCAGGAAAUAAAAGAAGCUUUUUCAUGACAGACAAAAAGCAAGAAACCAAAGCCAGCCUGCUGGGUGACAGUGCUGAAUCAGUACAAACACACGUAUCUAGACCUCGCUUGUGCAGGCUUCUGCUGGGGCAGCCUUUGCUCCUAAUCCACCUGGGGAGCUUUGCUUCAAGCCUGUGGUGCUGGCAGGGUCAGGCCAGCGGCACCUGAUGCUUUGUUAAAUAAAGCUCCAAAACCCAGAAAACAAACAACAAGAAGGAAGGAAAAAGCAAAUGCCACUGGGUAAGUGGUAGUUCUGCCUGACUGAGACGGCAGACUGACUGGUCUGUCCUGAACACUAAUUCCGUGUCUUGUACCCAUGCCAGCCUCUCGUGCCAGCCCCUCUCCCACACAUUCCAGGCAGAAUGCACUGAAAGAUAGGACUGAAGCAGCUGCUCCCCCCCAGGGAGUCAAGCAUUUUGCCACCUCUGAAAGUCUCUAGCACUUGCUUCCUUUACUAUCAUUGUAAAGGUCACCACAUGCAAUAUGGCCACUUGAUCUAGGAUCUUCUCUUAACACAUUUUUAUGCUGAUUUUACUGGUUUAAUUCUUUGGAAUGUAUUUUUUUUUUCUUCAUUUCUUCUGUGGGUAACAGCAAUUAAAAAUAUUAAUUUACUGGG